CUGCCCAGCCGGGCACCAGCUGACAGGUCCUCCCGCGACGGCUGCAAGGGAGGGAUUGCGGGGAAGGAGGGACCCCCGGAGCCUUGCCAGGGGGCAGAGGAACCCCCGGGUGCCACCUCUCCCCCCUCCUUUGCUUCCUUCCCUCCCUCCCAUCGCCGGGAAUCAAAGCCGCAUCUCCGCCGGGAAGAGCAUCCAAGGAAGGAGGAGGACCACCCGCCUCGCCUCCCUCCCCCCUCCCUCCUCCCUCUCUUUCCUCUCUUUCUCGCCUAAGGGGAGGGGGCUGCUGUUAGGGUUGCCCCCUCCUCCUUUUUGCCCCACAGACUAGCAAGCAGGUGAAUGGAUGGCUGGAGAGAGAAAGAGAGAGAAGGAGGCACCUUGCGCCUUGCAAACUGGUGAGGCUCCUGGGUAAGAAAGGUUUUUCUCCCUUGUUCAAACAUCUUCAGGGCCUAAGAUUCUUUGUUGACUCUUCAAAAGACUUUCCAGGAAAGUUGUUGCUGCUGCAUCAGUUUUGGAUUUGAAAGAAUGGAAAGAAAAAGGGAAGUUAAAAGUGAAUUCUCUGAAGAAGGAUGUCUAGCCCAAAAGAAAGGAAACUGUGGUGGAUUGAGAAAAUUGGAAUCAAAAGGAGCUGUGGUUGUUCUUUUGACCCCAUUGGACCCAUGAGGCAUUCAAGGCUGUGACCGGUGGCAAACAGGGCCUGUGUUGGUCACCAGCUCCAUGGAGCCAGCAUGCAAGGAGACACAGGACAGUAUAGGGGCUUGGAAUACUGGCCCAAUGACCCCCAACCCGGUCUGGAUGGCUGUCUUUGACUAUGAGGCCACGGCAGAAGAGGAGCUGACAUUGCGGAGGGGAGACCGGGUAGAAGUCCUGUCAAAGGAUUCCACCGUCUCUGGGGACGAGGGCUGGUGGACGGGCAAACUCCAGGACAAGGUGGGCAUCUUUCCGAGCAACUAUGUCACUAGCAACCAUAAGUACACCCAGAUCCAGGGUUCCCUCACCUGCCCACCUCCCCUGGAAAUCUCCUUCCAAGAGCUGGAACUGGAUGAGAUCAUUGGGGUGGGGGGCUUUGGGAAGGUCUACAAGGGGCUGUGGCGUGGGGAAGAGGUCGCUGUGAAGGCCACCCGGCAAGACCCUGAGGAGGACAUUGCCGUGACGGCGGAGAAUGUACGGCAGGAGGCCCGGCUCUUCGCCAUGCUGCAACAUCCGAACAUCAUUGCCCUCAAGGCCGUCUGCCUCAACCUGCCCCACCUGUGCCUGGUGAUGGAGUAUGCCCGCGGAGGGGCACUCAACCGGGCGCUCGCCGGCAAGAAGGUGCCUCCCCAUGUGCUGGUCAACUGGGCUGUCCAGAUUGCCCGGGGCAUGAACUACCUCCAUAAUGAAGCCAUCGUUCCCAUCAUCCACCGAGACCUCAAGUCCAUCAACAUUUUAAUCCUGGAGCGCAUUGAGAAUGAGGACUUGAGCAGCUGCACCCUCAAGAUCACCGAUUUCGGCCUGGCCCGUGAGUGGCACAAGACUACCAAGAUGAGCGCAGCGGGCACCUAUGCCUGGAUGGCACCUGAGGUCAUCAGGCACUCCCUCUUCUCCAAGAGCAGUGACGUUUGGAGCUUUGGAGUGCUGCUGUGGGAACUGCUGACUGGCGAAGUCCCAUACCGGGAGAUCGACGCCCUUGCCGUGGCCUAUGGAGUGGCUAUGAACAAGUUGACGCUGCCCAUCCCCUCCACCUGCCCCGAACCCUUUGCCUGCUUACUGGAGGAGUGCUGGAGCCCAGACCCUCAUUCUCGACCAGACUUCAGCUCCAUCCUGCAGCAGCUGGUGGCAAUAGAGCAGUCUGCAAUGUUCCAGAUGCCACUGGAGUCCUUCCACUCUUUGCAGCAGGACUGGAAGGUGGAGAUCGCUGGCAUGUUUCUCGACUUGAGGACCAAGGAGAAAGAGCUGCGGAGCCGAGAGGAAGAGCUGCUCCGUGCGGCUCAGGAGCAGAAGACCCAAGAAGCAGAGCUACGUCGGCGUGAACAGGAGUUGGCGGAGCGUGAAAUCGACAUUGUAGAGCGGGAGCUGAACCUCAUCAUGAUGCAGAUGGGCCAAGAGAGGCCCCGGGUCAAGAAGCGGAAGGGGCACUUCCGACGUUCCCGCCUGAAGCUACGUGAUGGCAACCGUAUCAGCCUCCCAUCAGGGUUUGAACACAAGAUCACAGUGCAGGCAUCCCCAACUCUUGACUGUCGGAAAGGGCUGGGGGCCAAUGGGGCCAGUCCGCCUGGGAGCCCCAACAUCAUCCCACGCCUCCGUGCCAUACGCUUGACGCCCUUGGAUGGAAACCGAACAUGGGGACGCAGCACUACGAUCAAGAAGGAGGAGCUGGUGGGGACCAAGAAGAAAGGCCGGACGUGGGGCCCCAGUUCCACCGUCCACAAGGAGAGACUAGGAGGAGAGGAAAGGUUGAAGUCUCUGGCUGAAGGCAGCAAGCAGUGGUCCUCCAGUGCUCCCAACCUGGGCAAGUCUCCGAAGCACAUGCCGUUGGCUGGGGGCUUUGCUAGCCUCAACGAGAUGGAGGAGUACACAGAGAAGGAGAGCAGCACACCUCACUCACCAUACAUGCCCCUCUUGCCACCGCCAGAAGGAGAUGCCAGUCUGAAGACCUUACCGCCCAGUUUGGAGUGGUCCAAGCGGGGAACAGCCUCCCACCACCAUCGGCGUCGCAGUGAGCUCGUGCUACUGGGCUGUGCCUCUAUCUUAGCCUCCAUUGCCCUGGGUGCUGAGCUGGCAGAGUUGGCAGGCGAAGGGUUGAUGGCUCGCGCUGCUUCGGGCCCCCCCAGCUCUGCUACCCUCCUCUCCCUCUCCUCUCUCUCGGAUUGCAACUCCACCAAGUCCCUUCUGCCUUCGGACAGUGAUGAAGCCCCCCUGUACGAGCCCCCCAGCCUCCCUGAGAGCCCCCUGCCAACUCCUCGCCAUAACCCCCUGGUGGACGUCACCAUCGAGAGCUUCAAGAAGGACCCCCGGCAGUCACUCACCCCGACCCAUGUCAGCGCCACCCAGGCUGUCAAUAGGGGUCACCGUCGGACACCAUCCGAUGGGGCCAUCCGUCAGGGCCUGCAAGGUGGUGACUGCAAAGGCUUACAGGAAACGUUGCCCUUUCCACGUUUGCCAGACCUUUCCCAGGCCGGUCACAAGGCCUCUUUGGACACGAUGCCAGUUGAGCGGCCCCGGACACUGGCCUUUGCACCGCGGCCUCGUCCAGCCUCAGGCCGGCACCGCAUUGACCCUUGGAAACUCAUCUCCCUCGGAAGCUCGUCUCAUCUCUCCUCACCCGGGGAGGCCGCCAAGGGAACCGCGGCCUUACGCCAGACUCUUCUGGACAUGGACAUGGACGGGCAGAACCGGGACAGCACUGUGCCAUUGUGUGAGGGGCAAACCCCAUGCUAUAGCCUGGAGACGGACGUGUCUCAUUGACACAGCUACUUGUCUCAGUUAGGGAAGUCCACAGCUGAAACUGUGUCUCUCUUAGUGUUGAAUAUGGACGGCACUUCUCUAGCUUUAACCCUGGGAAGAUCAUGGAACAGAGUGAGAUACCUUAAAGCUACAUCAAAUGGGAUGAAGAUACCUUUUCCCCUUCUCUUUCCAAACUCUAACUUUCCUCUGUUACCAUCCCACCCCAACAUGGCUAUUUUGUAAAGAGGAAAACAUUGAGGAAUAGCUCCUCUUUGGGUGCAUCUGCACUGUUCAGUUAUUGCAAUUCGACACUGUUUUCACUGCUCUGGAAUACUAGGAGUUGAGUUUGGUGAGGGACCAGCAUUCUUUGGCAAAGAAAGCUAAAGAUCUUGUGAAAUGAUAGCUCUCAUGAUCAUAUAGCAUUGUGCCAUUGCAAUUAAAUUGGUGUCAAGCUGCAACAAUUCCAUAGUGUAGAACAGGCAUGGGCAAGCGUUGACCCUCCAGGUGUUUUGGACUCCAACUCCCACCAUUCCUAACAGCCUCAGGCCCUUUCCUUUCCCCCCUCAACUGCUUAAGCUGAAGCUUAAGGAAGGGGCCUGAGGCUGUUAGGAAUGGUGGGAGUUGGAGUCCAAAACACCUGGAGGGCCAAUGUUUGCCCAUGCCUGGUGUAGAUACACCUUUGGUUGUUCUGCGUCCCCCUCCAUAAUCUGCUCAGAAUUAAAGCUAUAAGAGUUUUCUCCCGGAUCCAACUUGGAAAACAUAGUAUCUAUCAAUAUAGCCAGAGAGAAACUUAGCUAGAGUUUGGGGAUGUGCUGCAGGAACCCUUUUAUUUAUUGACUAUGGGCCUCCCAAGCAGAGUCCUUUUCCACAUCACAAGAUGGUUCGGCCAUUUGUCCAAUUUGGUGCUCCAUCUGUGUGCCUGGCUGUGAAUGAGGCUGCUGAGAAGCCUUCAUAGGUCAUGUCUGAUCCAAGCAAUUGUCAUUCCAAUUCUGUUUUCCCCUUUUUUAUAUAAAAAAGAAAAGGAAAAUGCCGUGUUGUUGUCCAUUGUCAAGUCACCUUUGAUGUAAGCCGUCAAUUAUGCUGCCUUAGAUCUUGUAAACUUGGGACAAUGUUUUCCUGGAUUGAAUCUAUCUGCUAUGCACUCUUAAUUUUCCCUAUCAUGUUAUCAUUGUCCAUUUAAUUAUGUUGUCUCAUAAUGUGUUGUCGAAGGCUUUCAUGGCCGGAAUCACUGGGUUGCUGUGUGUUUUCCGGGCUGUAUGGCCAUAUUCUAGAAGCAUUCUCUCCUGAGGUUUCACCCACAUCUAUGGCAGGCAUCCUCAGAGGUUGUGAGGUCUGCUGGAAACUAGGCUACUGAGGUUUAUAUAUCUUUGGAAUAAUGUCCAGGGUGGGAGAAAGAAAUCUUGUCCGUUGGAGGCGAGUGUGAAUCUUGCAAUUAAUCACCUUGAUUAGCACUGAAAAGCCUUGCAGCUUCAAAGCUUGGCUGAUUCCUAGCUGGGAGAAUCCUUUGUUGGGAGGUGUUAGCUGGCCCUGAUUGUUUCAUGUCUGGGAUUCCUCUGUUUUCUGAGUGUUGUUAUUUAUUUACUGUCCUGAUUUUAGAGUUUUUUAAUACUAGUAGCCAGAUUU